CCAUUCUCUGCCUUUUGCUUUAUAUAUAUAGAUUAAGGGUAAAUUUCACUUUACAAUCCGGAAGUUUCUCGAAAUUCAAAGUUUACUACAUCAAGUUUUUUUCUUAUCAACGUCAUUCUUUCAAAUGCUCUGUUAAAUGACCACACAUGAAUUGAAAAAUAAAAAAUAAGAAAGGAAAAACAAAAAAGAAACAAAAAAACUCUCUCUCCAGCACUAGGCAUCGCCUGCUCACAAGCCACAUGCCACAAUCCGCCAUCUCCAUGUCGAAAUCUCCCUCAGCCCCCUUCCCCUUCUUGGACACCAUGCGUAGACGCCCUAAAAAAAUUUCGCAGCACACCCUUACCUCCCUGGAAAAAAAAAAAAACAAAAAAAAAAACCAGGACCACCUCUAGCACAAAAUCAAACCUGACCCAAAUUUGUUAAACCUCUUUCUAAUAGCAUGGUCUGGUGUGCUGGUUUGGGAAUCUUCCCUUCAAAUAUGGUGAUUUCAUUUUGAGAUGAGACAUUAGUCUGAAGAUAUAAAAAUACGAACCAAACUGAAACAACCACAGAUAGCAAAUGGCAGGAGGAGUGAGGAGAAUCAAGUUGGGUUCACAAGGCCUUGAGGUCUCUGCUCAAGGCCUGGGAUGUAUGGGCAUGUCUGGCUUCUAUGACGCUCCAAAGCCCGACGCAGACAUGAUCAGUCUCAUCCACCAUGCCAUUUACUCCGGCGUCACCUUCCUCGACACCUCUGACUUCUACGGCCCCUUCACCAACGAAAUUAUGCUUGGCAAGGCUCUGAAGGGAGGGGUAAGAGAGAAGGUUGAAUUGGCCACCAAGUUUGGCAUCUACUUAGCAGACAAGAAGAGGGCGGUGCGAGGUGACCCUGCCUAUGUGAGGGCUGCUGCUGAGGAUAGCUUGAAGCGCCUUGGUGUUGAUUCUGUAGAUCUCUAUUAUCAGCAUCGGAUUGACACCACUGUACCCAUAGAAGUCACGGCAGGGGAAUUGAAGAAACUAGUUGAAGAGGGUAAGGUGAAGUACAUUGGCCUAUCUGAGGCCUCCGCUUCUACAAUAAGAAGAGCACAUGCUGUUCAUCCAAUAACAGCUGUGCAGUUGGAGUGGUCCUUGUGGUCAAGAGAUGUCGAGGCAGAAAUAGUUCCUACUUGCCGGGAACUUGGCAUUGGUAUUGUUGCCUACAGUCCUCUAGGGAGAGGAUUCUUUUCAUCAGGCGCUAAGUUCGUCGAAAACCUCUCCCAUGAUGAUUCUCGAAAGGAUCACCCCAGGUUCCAACCCGAAAACGUAGAGCAUAAUAAAGCACUAUUCGAGCGGGUUAGUGAUCUUGCUGCAAGGAAAGGGUGCACCCCAUCUCAGCUAGCACUGGCCUGGGUUCAUCAUCAAGGAAACGAUGUGUGUCCGAUACCCGGAACCACCAAGAUUGAGAAUUUUAACCAGAACAUUGGUGCUCUCUCUGUGAAACUGACACCAGAAGAACUGGCUGAGCUUGAAUCUUUUGCUUCUGCUGAUGCCGUUAAAGGUGGCAGGUAUCAGAAUGACUUUAGCACUUGGAAGAACUCCGAAACUCCUCCAGUGUCUUCAUGGAAAGCCACAUGAGCAUGUGCCUUUUGUCAUGUCAUAAUGCUUCUUUGUACCUCAUGAGCUUUGUGAAUUUCCUUACCGUUAUGAGAAUAAGUAGUGCAUGUGAAGUGGUAUGUAAUGACUGACUUUGAGACGUUCGUCAUUUUUUACGCAGAUUAAAGCUAACGGUUAUGUACUCAUGCCUUUGUGCGUGAAUUUGGAUACUGAAUAUACACUCACUCUCAGACUUUGAGAGUAGUAGAGCAUUAUACAUAUAGCUUGAAUCUUCCUCUA